AUGGUCAUACUACUCCUCUUCUGGCUUGUGCAAUGGAUCUGCUAUUACAUCAAAGUGUACCUGGAUAAGGAUCUCAGCCAGACACUGAAGGAGUUUGUCUGCAGGACUGUGGAGCAGUGUGUCGGGUCCUGGGGAGCCAUGCUCUGGGCUGCCUUGCAGCAAUGGCUGUUCUGGGCCAUUGCUGGAACCCUGGUGCUGCUCUUGGCACUCCGCUGGAGGCUCAGGAAAAGGAUCUCUGUGGUGGACAACAGGAGGGACUCAGAAACAGAAGAAAGUGAGGAAGAACUUCCUGCUAAGAAGAGUAUGAUCUGGAUCUUUUCAAGACACUUCCAGUUGUCAGUGCCAAAGCUGGCCUCUGGGAGACGGGUGGUACAGGAGCUGCUGAGUGACCUUCUCCAAGUCUCCCAUAGUCUCUUUUCAGACAGCUUCUUCCCACUGCUGGAACCAGCCAUUGGGGUGGGCAGUGCUUUUGAAGGAUGGAGUCACCAUAAGGAGGAGGAUGUUGUCUACUACAUGUUUGUGCCCCUGAAGCCGCCCCAUGGGCAUGCCUUCCUCCUGGAACCAGACACCACGGGGGAGAUGUCACAGAGAAGUAUGCGCAUCCGCGUGGAGCUGGUGUGCACUUGCACCGGAGAACAGCCUGACAACAACAUGCUGUGCUUCCUCCACCACUCUGAGAAGGAGCUGAAGAGAAAUCAGAUGGCCAGCCUUCUACAUACCCUCUGUACUGGCCCUUACCUAGAUGGGGAGAAAAUUGCCCUCUGGUUCCAGACAUUUGUGAUCUUGGCCUGGUCAAUGUUGCCUCAGUCCUGUCACUACAGCAUGAAGGUGCUUCCCUCCCGCCGCUCCUGCAAAGUGAAGCUGAUGAAAGCCUCUGGGAGAAGCUUUACUGUGGAGAUAAUAUUUAGUGUGCAGCAAGGUGACUCGGAUAUCUUCCUGAGUAGCCAGCCUACAGAGGCCCAAUUCCCUCCAAGCACGACAUGGCUGGAGAGUUAUGCAGUGGCAGAGGCAAAGUUCUUCAGGCAGGUUGCCAUGCAGGCCCCACCCCACAGCUGCCACCUCAAAUGCCUGCGGCUCUGUGCUCGUGUUCUGGAGGAUUCAGGCCUUUCUAUCUAUGCCUUGAAAACCUCAGUCAUGCACCUCCUGACCUUGAUCCCUCUGUCAGAAUGGCAGCACAAGUAUCUCCUGAUGCGGGUGGAUGACAUCUUGCACUACCUGCGCUGUUGCCUAGAGGAGGCACGCCUCAAGCAUUUCUUCUUUGGCAAUGAGGAUAUGCCUGAGGAGAUCUCCUUGCCCCCAGCUUUCCAAGAGGCACAGCCUUUAAACCUCUUCCAGGACCUGGCACAAAAUCCAGCUGCCCAGACUGAGGCACUGAAUAAGUUUAAUAAGUCUGAACGUGACCACUUCUUUGGGUUUUGA